CAGCAACUAUAAAUUCACCAAGGACUGUAUUUUAUCCAGCAUCUUGUGUCAGUUCUCUCCUGCCAGAAAAUUGCACAGGAUUUCAGUUGAACAACAUUAAAUUAACUUUGAUUAUAGUAUCACAAGACUAUUAAGGAACAAUCAUUAUGAGCUGCUCAGAGCAUAAGGACUACCAUGAUGAAGAAUUUGAUCCCUGUCAUCUCUUUGACACGUACAUUGGGGCUGAUAAGACCAUUUCUAAGGAGGAGCUGGUGGAAACUCCCCUGAAAUUUUUCCAAAAUUUACUAUCAUCAGGUUCUGUGAAAGGAGAAAUAUUGAUUGGGCUUACUAUUGGCUCUUCCGUGUGUCACAGCUUUGUUGCCACUGAUUUCUUUAAACAUAUUAUAUUGCUGGAAUCUUCAGACUGUUGUAUAAAAGCCCUAGAGAACUGGAUCAGAAAUGAACCUGGAGCUGUGGAACAAUCCCACAUUGUAGAGUUUGUUUGCUCACUUAGGCAAAGCACUGAGGCGAGGAAACAUGAACAAAAAACCAGAAGUGCAAUCAAACAAGUGGUAAAGUGGGACAUCACCAAAGAGAACCCACUGGGUGCAGUUGUGUUGCCCCAAGCAGAUUGUUUAUUCACCGCUUAUUACUUGGAGGUCGUUAGCAAAGAUCAAGACAUGUACAUAAACCUUCUAAAGAAAUUAUCAUCUCUUCUGAAGAUUGGAGGUCAUCUGAUCCUGUUUGCAGCAAUCAAUCUCUCUUAUUACAUGGUCGGCCAACACAAGUUUGCUGCGCUGAAGUGCGACAAAGAGUUUAUACAAAAGGCUAUGACUGAAGCUGGGUUUAUUAUUGAGAGCUCUCAAACACACAAGAGCAAUCUGAAAUCACAAAUGAUCGAUUAUGACUCGAUUGCCUGUUUUGUGUGUCUUAAAGAAAGGCUGGUUUAGCCAGUCACAUUCAGGCACAGUUAUCAUUUGCAUUAUUAUCUGGUCUACACUUAAGAUGAGUGCACUUGAUUCCUAAAAUAUAUCCUAAUGUACUUGGGUUAUGGGGAUAUUGCCAUUAAAAUAUAUGCUUGAAACCUCA